AAUUUUUUCUUGGAACGAGCGUGUGUCGGCGAGAGAUGUUCCAGCUAAACUCUCUCCCCACUACUAUCCUUUCCUAGAAGAUGGCGGCAAGCCGUAGAAGGAGGUAGUUCCUGCAACCCCGCUUUCCCAGUAGUCGACCGAGGUUGGCAAACACGAGACGAGAGCUCGGGAAAAACUUGCCCGGUUUUCUGCGAGUUGGGAGGUACACGCUUUUCGUUUCUACACACCUCCGCUCUCGUUUUGCUAUUGCUGCUGCUGCCGAGUGGAUAAUUCGGCAGUUUCGGAGUAAGGAACGAGAAGGAACGGACGUGCUGUGUGUGUGUGUGCUAUCCCCUGGAAUUCACGUCAGCGAAAGUUGCCAUGGCGCAGUGGGAAAAAUGCAUGCGACUGAACGGCCAGUUUCUGGAGCAGCUGAAGUCGCUCUACGGGCAUCGUCUCCCAAUUGAAGUCCGCCACUACCUGGCAAAUUGGAUGGAGGCACAGUCUUGGAGUGAAGUUGACCCUGACAGUCCUCACCAAGAGGCUGACGCCAGGAGACUCUUUGAAGGGAUGCUGCAGGCACUCAGCGACCUUAUGGCGAGACACACUCAAAACUUCAUCACAAAGACGCAGCUGGAGGCUCUCUACAUUCACAUGCGGAACGAGUACGUAUCCCAACCUCUGAGUCUAGUGAGAGUGAUACAGCACAAUCUCUUCAGAGAGGCCGAGCUCAUCGACCAGCAGGAUCAUCUGCAAGCCCCAUCUCCCUUGCCCCAGACCCCCUCGCAAAAGUCUCAGGUCCAACAGAUCCUCCAAAACAUUGUUGGAAAGACCGAGGCCAUAGAAGCCACUUUCCGUAACCUCUCUUCGAAACUGGAGAAUUUCAAAGUUCAAUACCACGAGGCUUUCCAGCUGGAUAGUGUUCUGAGACAGGGUAACAGGAUUCCGCCAGAGCAGGUAGCCAAAUGCAAAGAGAGAAAACAGCUGCUCGACCAGAUCUGCAAUCGCGACGCUGACGCCAUGAAGAGAACCUGCAUGGAGAUGAAUCAGAGGUCUCUGGACACGCUGGGUCAAAUUAGAACGGUCCAGAGCUUGAUUGCGAUCGAGCUGAGUAACUGGAAGCAGACUCAGAGGAUGUUUAUUACGGACGACGACAGAGGAAAGACCGAACUGAACAGCAUCCAGCAAUGGUUUGAGACGUUGGCCGAGGUGCUAUGGCGCAACAGACAAGUGAGCAAGCAGCUGCCCACCAUUCUGCCCCAGAACCUGAUCGCCGGGGACCAGUUUAUGAGUCUCACUCACCAGUUCACCCAGCAGCUGCUCAUUGUCAUCCAGAUGAGUUUUGUGCUAGAGAAGCAGCCGCCGCAAGUCAUAAAGACCGCCAAUCGCUUCUCUUCCACUGUCAGGCUCCUUGUGGGCAGCAAGUUGCAGAUUCAUCUCGGUUUCCCCGAGGUACAAGUAUCCAUCAUAAACGAGAAGCAAGCAAAGACGGUGGCUGCGGAUCCUUGUAAAUCAGUCCCUCCCAGCUUGAGCAGUGGAGAAAUUCUGAACCACCAGAAAAGUAUGGAGUUCAACGCUACAACCGGGAUUUUGUCGUGUGCCUUCAACUUCAUGCAGCUACGACGGAUAAAGAGAAACUCAGACAAGAAGGCGAGCGAGAUGGUGACGGAGGAAAAAUUUUCUCUCCUGUUCAAGACUCACUUUACCAUUGGAGGAGAGCUGGAGGCCACUCUCAAUGCCCUCUCCCUGCCGGUGGUGGUGAUUGUUCAUGUCACUCAGCAGCCUCCAGCUGAAGCUACCAUCUUCUGGGACAACUCCUUUGCUGCCAAUGAUCGAGAGCCGUUUGUUAUUCCAGAGAGUAUCCCAUGGCCACGCCUCUCGGAGGCCCUCAACUGCUAUUUCCAUGCCAACACUGGGCGGGGCCUGACUCCGCCCAAUCUGGACUACCUCGGGCGGAAACUUCUUGGAGUUGGUCCUGAAGAAGACCUGAGUCAGAGCCAAAUAACGAGAACGCAGCUGUGCAGGGUAUGUUAGUGCCUCCGAUCUACUCCUCUCUCCCUUACAUACAGCUGUACUGAUGUCUACUGGUGUGUGUGUGUGUGUGUGUUACAGGACCAGUUGCGAGGAAGAAACUUCACGUUCUGGGAGUGGUUUUACAAGCACCUCGAUCUCAUCAAGACCACGCUCAAACGAGAAUGGACUGAGGGCGCAAUCCAAGGGUUCAUGCAGAGGACAGAUGCGGAGAAGAUGCUUCUCCAGAGUCUAAACGGAACGUUCCUCAUACAGACGUUCAGCGCGGGUGACCCCGGAGCGCUAGCUCCGUGGCCUGGGCACAUGAUGGGACCUCGAUAAAUUACUUCUGACAGACAAGUGCUGAGUCUGGCUCCAUGGAACAAACAUGUCCUGGGGAUACGUUCCCUUGCCGACAGACUCCACGAUCUGACGCAUCUUUUGAUGCUCUACCCCGACACAAGUCAAAGACCGGUGUUUUGCAACGUACUAUACUACGCCAGCUCGCUGCUGCAGGUGAAGUGAGGGACGGAUAUCUGGCUGGAGACCUGAAACAGACCAUACCUGCUUCUGCCCUCGGAGGUGUCAUUAGCAACCCAUCAAGCCCCUACCCAAGCCCCGCCCCCUCCAUUGUGUCACUAGGGACCCCAGCCUCUCCACCCAAUUACCCCUUCCCAAUGUUGCCAAAUGGACCGGGGGGAGGCCAGGACUUUGGACUCAGCGUGUUGGGUGACAUGGAUCUCACUUCCUUCGAAAGCUUCCCAUCCGGACCAUGACAUCACCGUGGCAACUACUGCAGACUACAUUACAUCAUCUCUGAGAGCAUUAGCUGUUUGUUUUUGCGCUAGAUGGUAUUAUUUUUCAGUCGUCAUGUACAAUUUAUUUCCCUCCUUUUCUCACAUGUUUAGAUGUAUUUUUCCAUUAAGUAAAUGUCACACUAUCAUCUUUAUCUAUAAUUAUCUUGUACAUCACUGUUGCUAGUUCACUGCAGCUGUAAUGUAUUUAUG